CUCAUAAGCAUUUGCACACCCCAGUAUCUCCCUCAUUCCUGCCUGCACGGACACCUGGCAGCACGCUCACACUCACAGAUGCUCCUUCACCCUAGGGUGUCCCUCUCCAGCUGCUCACGUGCACACUGUGGGCACACUCACAGAGUGAUGCACACCCCACAAUGUUCUUUGUUGCCUGCCCUUCACCCACGCUGCAUACACCCUCGUACUCACACACCUGUGUCCCUCACCGCUUGCCACUGUACACACGCACUUUCAUACACACUCACGUAUGUGUACUCACACCCAGCAUGUUGUAGGGCUUUGCCACCCACACAUGCCUGUCUGUUUGUGCUCAUGUUGUGCCACAGUGUCUGCGCUGUCUGCUGCUUCUACACAGUCACGUACACAAUCCCACCACUGUAUCGUAGUGCCAUGUGCUUGCCUACAGCAGAUGGGCAUAUGCAGGUACACCAGCACAUCACAGUUUCCACAUCGCCUGUUACUUGCACACAUGUCUAACCCUAACACACACAUCUUACUCCAGCCCCUUUCUUACAGACUCACACCAGCAUAUUGCAUAGUCCUGCUCGCACACACACCCAUGCACCCUGUAAGUCUUCCUCAGGCUCUCUCAGGUGUGUGUGUGUACACACAGCCCAACACCGAGGAUCACACUGGGUGCUUCUCUCAUACACACACUCACACACACCGGGUUUGCCGUUGCAUUGCGCAGACACACACUGGCACAUCAGGGAGUCUUCCACUGCCCGCCACUCCUGCAGGCAGACUCCAUGGAGUCUCCUGUCUCCUUUUCCCCACACAGAGAAUUAUCUACCACCUCUCCACCAUAAGGCCAUCCUUUUCAGUCACCUCUCACAAGCAGGCCACAGCCCUCUGAAACACAUAUCCAAGCAGCAGUCACCUUGUUGCCUUCAUGAGUCUGGCUCUCCUGUGCGCACACACCACGGGAUCACCCUCUGCUUGGCACGUCUGUACAGCAUAGUGCUGCCUCCUGCUUCUGGCCCAUUAACGGAGCCGUUUCUGCUUCACACUCACACCUCUGCAGGGCACCUGCCACCUUUUGCACGUGCGAGUGCAAUACGGUCACUCGCUAUCAGAUACUGCCUGAGUCUGCACAUUCUGUCACGCGCACAAGGGACGGAGCCACCUGGUACCUGACAGACACACAAACGCGCCCAAGGGCUGUCAGCUACCACGAGGCCAUCUGUCUUACAGGUACUUAUCUAUAUGGAACUCUGUGUGUUACCCCACAGCCCAGCCUUGUGUUAGCUGUCACAUGCAGCGCUCCCCACAUUGCACAAAACUUUUCAUUUCACUUAGUUCCCUCCUUCAUUUUCUGUUACACACAGAGGCAUCCUUUUCCCUCAGCCCCUUCGUCACACAUUUGGUCCAAACUGCAGUGCCACUUCAUACUUGCAGUCACGCCGUACAGACACCUGCCCUCCAGCGUGUUCACUCUCAGUGCCACUGCCCCACACGUGACACACGCUCUGACACGCACAGUGCCACCCUCUCCCCUGUGACAUAAACACGGUCGGUGCACUCGCGUGCAGGACAAAGCUCAGACCUACUGUGGGACGCGGUUAGAGGUCUCCCCUCCCGGUGCUGCCCUGCGUAUCUCCACGGUUAUGCGAGCUAGACAGGGCUCUGCAAACCCCCGGCCCAGCUCGAUGGGGGCUGUGUUACCUGACACGUGCCUCCCGUUCCUCACAGCACCCCGGGCUGUGCCGUGCCGGUGUAUCGGUAGCACUGGCCGACUGCCGUUCACAUACAGAGAAGGAGCCUGCCAUCUCCUUACCCCCUGCUCCGUGUAGUGAACGCUCAGUUUGUUGCUGUAUGUUUCUGAGUGGCUUUUGUCCUUCUGUGAAAGCUCCCUGUUCUCUGAAAUUCAUGCUGUCUCUUGGGUUCCACUUUGCAGACUGUUGAGCCUGGUUCAUGCAUGCCUGCUGGUUUUGAGUGGCAUCGACCCUCUUAAAUGAGUCUUCUUUUUGAAGUCUGGAGCCAUAUAUGGAUGAAAACUUUGUUUCAAGAGCCUUUGCCACCAUGGGAGAGCUUGUACUGAGUGUAAAAAUCAUUCGAAACAGGUUGACAGGAAUUCCAGCAGGCUAUUGCUUUGUAGAAUUUGCAGAUCUAGCUACUGCAGAGAAAUGUUUACACAAAAUCAAUGGAAAACCGCUUCCUGGUGCUACACCGGCAAAGCGAUUUAAAUUGAAUUAUGCAACGUAUGGAAAACAGCCUGAUAACAGUCCAGAAUAUUCACUAUUUGUGGGAGACUUGACUCCUGAUGUGGAUGAUGGCAUGUUAUAUGAAUUUUUUGUAAAAGUUUAUCCAUCGUGUAGAGGUGGAAAAGUUGUUUUGGACCAGGCAGGAGUAUCCAAAGGUUACGGGUUCGUGAAAUUCACAGAUGAACUGGAACAGAAAAGAGCACUGACGGAGUGUCAAGGAGCUGUGGGGUUGGGCUCUAAACCUGUACGCUUGAGUGUGGCUAUACCAAAAGCUAAUCGUGUGAAACCAAUGGAGUACAAUCAGAUGUACAACUAUAAUUAUAACCAAUAUUACCAACAAUAUCACAACUACUAUGCCCAGUGGGGCUAUGACCAGAACACAGGGAGUUACAGCUACAGCUAUCCCCAGUACGGAUACACGCAGAGCACAAUGCAGACAUAUGAAGAAGUUGGUGAAGAUGCAUUAGAAGAUCCAGCGCCUCAGUUAGACGUCCACGAAGCAAAUAAACAGUUUAUGGAACAGAGUGAAGAGCUCUACGAUGCCUUGAUGGACUGUCAUUGGCAGCCUUUGGACACUGUCUCGUCAGAGAUUCCGGCCGUGUUAUAGCCUCGUUGCUGAGGCACUGUGUCUGUGUGACAAGCCAGUGCACUCCGGACUGUUACGCUGCACCUGGAUCCUGCAGUAGUGAGGGGUGGCCCUUUCUCCACCCAGGUCUGUUACUCGAAGUACAGGAGGACUGUGGCCUUUCCUGUACAGAAUGAGUAUCGUAGGAGCAUCAUGGUAACUUUUAUUCAUGGUGAAAAUUAGAACUGCAACGGUUUUAUUCCUUUUGUCUUGAAAUGAACUCUUAAUACUUAUUGGGAAUUGUAAUUUAUAAACUUUCAACGAGAUGGCACAGGGGAAAGACUCUACUCCAACGUACAAUAAAAAAGUUGGUCUUUUAAGUAAAAUUACCCUUUGCAUUUUGGUUCCUGCCCAUCUUUCUGUUUUGCUGCCCAUUUAACUGUCUUCAGUCAUUUGAUCCAACUCCCAUGAAUGUGUUAUUUUAAAAAAAAAUCAUUGUUGGACACCACUAAAAUGUCUCAAAAGCCUUCUAGUGACUGGGUAAGGGAAAGAACCUUGUAGAUGAAAGCUUACGUUCUGUCUAACUUAAGCUGUGAUGUUGAGCUAGCAAGUUGUAGCUCGGUGGUACUUAAGCAAUCUACCUGAAGAGCAUUUUGGAGAGUAAAGACAGAAAGGAGCGUUGUAAAACUACUACAGACGGAUGCCUUCUACCUGGUGAUCUCCCGCACGUUUGACUUGCUUCUCCACCUGUGUAUGAGGAAAAAAUUCCCCAUCAGUCAAGCAGUUUAAAACACUUUUUUACCAGCCACCUUGUUUCAAUGUUAUUUUGUGUACCAUGCCUUUCUUCAUCGUGGACACACCUUGAUGGUCUCAUUAAGAUGUUUAAGAUUUCAUAGCGUCUUCCACUGUCCUGUCAAAGGGAAUAUGGUGAAACUGAAGAUCUCGCAGCAAAAACGGGUCAGAGCAAUCUAAUUGAUAUAUUGUGCAACAAAUUGUUGCUAACCUGGAAAGCAGUUUUCUGCUGGAUGUUGUAUAAGCUGGAUGGACAAGCAAUAUAUUUAAGCUAAUAUUAUGUUGCAUUAGAGGUCAAAGUGAAAAUAAUAGCACUUAUGUACAUGUUAUAAGCCCUUUUCAGGCUUUUGUGCCUUAAACUCUUUGAGAAAUAGGAACGGAUAAACUACCUGUAAUAAAUGUCUAUCCAAGAAAUAGUUUGGUAACUGAAAUUGCUACUGCAAGGCAUUUAGUUGCCUCCCUGCCCAUGUUGAUGCAGAGAUUUGCCACGAAAUUUAAAUACUUUCAUAAAGCCUACUUCUACUACA